CAAAAGCAGGGCAAGCAUCAGUUCAAAUGGAGUGGAAAAUGGCCAAUAGUGGCAUAUAUUUAUAGAUAAUCUGCUUCGCAUUUGUGCUCAGUUGUCUGUAAUCUUCUUUUGCGACAGCCGGGGCUAAAAAGCAAUGGAGAUUUAGUCUUGCUGCACAUGAUAAUAUGUUUAUAUGAUUAGUUGCUUUGGUGCUUGGGAAGAGAGGCUCCGAGUCAGUGCCUGGUGUGGAAUCCACGUCAGGUUUUGCCGCAGCCCCAUUCAAAGCUAGCUCAUGCAGAAGGGAGCCUGCAUACAAUUCUCUGCACUGGCACUGUUUACUGGGUGCUUGUUUCUCUGUCUCAAGCCAUUCUCUGAGCGCUCAAUGAAUGCUGUGAGCAGGAUCUUCUAAUACGCGAGGAGCUUGAAACUCAGCAGUCACGCUUAAGGCCGCAUUGUCAUCCUGGGAGAUGCAGAGUGGAUUGACAUCAACAGAGUGAAAAGGCAGUGCAGAGUUUUUUUUGCCUUCAGAUUUCAGCUUAUCGGAGCUCUGCUUUUUGCUAGCUUUUUAUCUCUGUUGAAGGCUGUUGUGCGCUUCCCUGUCGGUUUUUGGUCUGCGAAGAAGAAAUAAUAUAUUUAAAAAAACAGCUGGACUUUGCUUCAAUUAAAGAUUGACCAGUACAUUGACAUGGAGCAGUGUGUCCAGUCUGCGGGAAUGUGUGGACUUGAAGAAGAACCUGCUGCCUGAUAAAACACUAUCUGUCCCAGAUAAGUGGAGCGUAUGCAUCAGAACUGCAGAGUCUCUAUAUUUCCUACUGUGCAUUGAGCUGCAGAGGAGUUCUUUUUACAAGCUUGUCUGCUUUUCUGCUUAGUUUAUCGUCUGCCCGAGUUUGCCAUUCAAAAGUAUUCCAUGUGACUCUUCCUAAAAGGCAAGGAGCUCAAUGAUGAAGUUUAAUAAAAUCGGCAAAGCUGGACUUUUAUAACUACAAUCAUUCCCAAGCAUGUGGAAACCAUCCAAGGGAAACGCAAUGGCAUGUUCUGUUUGGAAACGACCUACAUUCUGGUGGCUGGUUUUUGCAGUGGUUCAUCUGCAAUGUUCAGAAGCUUUCAGCCGAGCCGCUCUGCCAUUUGGUUUGGUACGGAGAGAGCUGUCUUGUGAGGGCUAUCCAAUCGAUCUGCGCUGUCCAGGAAGUGAUGUCAUCAUGAUUGAGAGUGCUAACUAUGGCCGGACAGAUGACAAGAUCUGUGAUGCAGAUCCCUUUCAGAUGGAAAAUAUUAAUUGCUACCUCCCUGAUGCUUACAAAAUCAUGUCUCAAAGGUGCAACAAUCGAACACAGUGUGUUGUGAUUACUGGGUCAGACGUCUUCCCUGACCCCUGUCCGGGGACAUACAAAUACCUAGAGGUCCAGUAUGAAUGUGUUCCCUACAAAGUGGAGCAAAAAGUUUUUGUUUGUCCUGGGACUCUGAAAGCUGUCGCGGAUUCUUCCUUUCUCUAUGAGGCGGAGCAACAAGGAGGCGCUUGGUGCAAAGACCCCCUGCAGGCGGGUGACAAAAUUUACUUCAUGCCCUGGACUCCUUAUCGUACAGACACGUUAAUAGAGUACUCUUCACUGGAUGACUUCCAGAAUGGGCGUCAAACCACCACAUACAAGCUCCCCCACCGAGUGGACGGUACUGGAUUUGUGGUGUACGAUGGCGCUGUGUUUUUCAACAAGGAAAGGACCCGAAACAUUGUAAAGUUUGACCUGAGAACUAGGAUCAAAAGCGGGGAGGCGAUCAUCAACAACGCCAACUACCAUGACACCUCACCCUACAAGUGGGGUGGGAAAACGGACAUUGAUCUGGCUGUAGAUGAGAACGGCUUGUGGGUGAUUUAUGCCACGGAGCAGAACAACGGAAUGAUAGUCAUCAGCCAGCUGAACCCUUACACCCUACGCUUUGAGGCUACCUGGGAGACGACGUAUGACAAACGGUCUGCUUCCAACGCCUUCAUGAUCUGUGGGGUUCUGUAUGUGGUGCGUUCCACGUAUGUAGGGAACGAGAGUGAAGUGAGCAAGAGUCUGAUUGAUUAUGUGUAUAACACCAAGCAAAACCGAGGGGAGUUUGUGGAUAUUCCAUUCCCUAACCAAUACCGGUACAUUGCUGCAGUGGAUUACAAUCCGAGAGACAAUCAGCUUUACGUGUGGAAUAAUUAUUACAUAUUGAGGUAUACCCUGGAAUUUGGACCACCUGACCCAGCUCAAGUGCCGACAAUUUCAGAAACAUCCACAACAGAAGAGAUUCCUAAAACAACUACUACCACCACGACUACCACCUCAAAGAAAAAUGUGUUGACCCCAACAUCUACGGUGGGCCCCAAACUUCCACCAGAAGUUCCUGACACCACAGCCCCCAUCUCUCCCGACCUCUUCCCUUUCCCAGAACGGUUCUGCGACAGUGUUGAGAAAAGGGGCAUAUCUUGGCCCCAGACACAAAGAGGCAUGUUAGUUGAAAGGCCUUGCCCCAAGGGGACAAGAGGCACGGCUUCAUAUCUUUGUGUCCUUUCCACUGGGGCAUGGAACCCAAAAGGGCCUGAUCUCAGCAACUGCACGUCCCAUUGGGUAAAUCAGGUUGCACAAAAGAUCAGAAGCGGAGAAAAUGCUGCUAACCUUGCAAAUGAGCUGGCCAAGCAUACCAAAGGGCCCAUCUUUGCUGGCGAUGUAAGUUCAUCAGUGAGAUUGAUGGAGCAGCUCGUUGACAUCUUAGACGCUCAGCUUCAGGAGUUGAAGCCCAGCGAAAAGGACUCCGCAGGCCGGAGUUUUAACAAGCUUCAAAAACGAGAAAGGACUUGCAGAGCAUACAUGAAGGCAAUUGUAGAUACGGUUGACAACCUGCUGAGACCCGAAGCCCUGAAAUCCUGGGAAGAUAUGAACUCCACAGAGCAAACACAUGCUGCAACAAUGUUACUUGAUACCCUGGAAGAAGGAGCUUUUGUCCUUGCUGACAAUCUAAUGGAACCGGCUAUAGUGAAAGUACCCGCUGAGAAUAUAAUUCUGGAUGUGUAUGUACUUAGCACAGAUGGACAGGUGCAGGAUUUCAAAUUUCCUCAAACCAGUAAGGGAGGAGUUUCAAUCCAGCUGUCUUCCAACACUGUCAAACUAAACAGUCGAAAUGGUGUUGCCAAGUUAGUGUUCAUCCUUUACAAACGCCUGGGACAAUUUCUCAGUACAGAAAAUGCGACAAUUAAAUAUAGCAAUGAAGAAAACGGUCGGAACCAUUCGGUUGCAGUUAACUCGCACAUCAUUGCUGCCUCCAUCAACAAGGAGUCGAGCCGUGUAUUUAUCACGGAUCCUGUGAUUUUUACCCUGGAACACAUCGAUACUGAAAAGUACUUCAAUUCAAACUGCUCAUUUUGGAACUACUCAGAGAGGAGCAUGAUGGGACAUUGGUCCACACAAGGUUGUAAGCUUCUGGAAGCCAACAAGACACAUACAACCUGUUCUUGUAGCCACCUUACCAAUUUUGCAAUUCUCAUGGCACACAGGGAAGUUGUGGACAAAGACGGAGUGCACGAGUUACUUUUAACUGUCAUCACCAGGGUGGGGAUUGUCGUUUCCCUGGUUUGCUUGGCCAUCAGCAUCUUCACAUUCUGCUUCUUUCGAGGCUUACAGAGUGAUCGCAAUACCAUCCACAAGAAUCUGUGCAUCAAUCUCUUCAUUGCUGAGCUUAUUUUCUUAAUCGGCAUUGAUAUGACAGAACCCAAGAUUGGUUGCUCAAUAAUUGCUGGGAUUUUGCAUUUUUUCUUCCUUGCUGCCUUUGCCUGGAUGUGCCUAGAAGGAGUUCAGCUUUAUCUUAUGUUGGUUGAAGUGUUUGAAAGUGAAUAUUCACGGAAAAAGUACUUUUACCUUUCUGGCUACCUUGUUCCAGCUAUAGUGGUGGGCGUCUCUGCGGCUAUUGAUUAUAAGAGUUAUGGGACAGACAAGGCUUGUUGGCUGAGGGUGGACAACCAUUUCAUUUGGAGCUUUAUAGGACCGGUUACAUUUAUCAUAAUGCUGAAUCUUAUCUUCCUGGUUAUUACAAUGUACAAAAUGGUGAAACACUCGACUUCAUUGAAACCGGACUCCAGCAGGUUGGAAAACAUUAAUAAUUACCGUGUUUGUGAUGGAUACUAUAAUACGGAUUUACCAGGCUAUGAAGAUAAUAAGCCAUUUAUCAAAUCCUGGGUACUUGGUGCUUUCUCACUGCUUUGCCUUCUCGGAUUAACUUGGUCAUUUGGGCUUCUAUUUAUCAAUGAGUCAACCAUCGUGAUGGCUUAUCUUUUCACAAUAUUUAACGCCUUUCAGGGAAUGUUCAUCUUUAUAUUCUACUGUGUCCUCCAAAGGAAAGUACGUAAAGAGUACAGCAAAUGUUUCCGACACUCUUACUGCUGUGGAGGAUUACCGACCGAGAGCUCCCACAGUUCGGCAAAGACAUCCACUGCAAGGACUAGCGCUCGCUACUCCUCCGGCACACAGAGCCGUAUAAGGAGAAUGUGGAAUGACACUGUAAGAAAGCAAUCAGAAUCUUCCUUUAUCUCAGGUGACAUCAACAGCACCUCAACCCUUAACCAAGGGAUGACGGGCAAUUAUCUACUAACAAACCCUCUUCUUCGGCCGCAUGGCACUAACAACCCUUAUAACACCUUACUUGCUGAAACGGUUGUAUGUAACGCCCCUUCGGCUCCAGUGUUUAACUCACCAGUGACCUACAGAGAGACAAGACACUCACUGAACAAUGCCAGGGAUACAAGUGCAAUGGAUACUCUACCGCUAAAUGGUAAUUUUAACAAUAGUUAUUCACUUCGCAAUGGGGACUACAGUGACACAGUACAGGUCGUGGAUUGUGGACUCAGCCUUGACGAUGCAGCUUUUGAAAAGAUGAUAAUUUCCGAACUGGUGCACAACAACCUCAGGGCCUGCAGCAAGAGCCACAACAUCGAGAGAACUCCUUCAGCCAAAGUGGUGGUGGGUGGAAGCAGCAGUGAAGAUGAUGCCAUUGUGGCAGAUGCCUCAUCUUUGGUGCACGGUGACACCCCUGGUUUGGAGCUGCACCACAAGGAGCUAGAGGCCCCUCUAAUUCCCCAACGGACUCACUCGCUUCUGUACCAUCCUCAGAAGAAAGUGAAGACCGAGGGAACAGACAGCUAUGUCUCCCAGCUCACAACUGAGGCUGAGGACAACCUGCAGUCCCCCAAUAGAGACUCACUUUACACUAGUAUGCCUAACCUAAGAGACUCUCCCUAUCCUGAGAGUAGUCCAGAUAUAGAGGAAGACCUCUCACCUUCAAAGAAGAGUGAAAACGAGGAUGUUUACUACAAGAGCAUGCCUAAUCUAGGAGCUGGAAACCAGCUGCAGGCCUACUACCAGAUCAGCAGAGGCAAUAGUGAUGGAUACAUUAUUCCUAUAAACAAAGAAGACUGUAUCCCUGAAGCAGACGUGAGGGAAGGACAAAUGCAGUUGGUGACAAGCCUUUAAAGUGUAUUUAAAAAAAAAAACUUUCUCCUCCAACCCCUUAACCCCAACUCCAACAUUUUCCCUUACCCUCCUCCGUGAAGACAACACAGACAAUGUGGGGAAAUUUUAACCGGGGCCUAGCAUUCUCACCCUCAUCUUCACAGACAGACAGUGGUGCGUGGUGGUCACUGUGUACUGGUAUCUAUAUCUUUUGUGAAGUUUUCAGACAGACUGUAUAUAACAUGCAGAACCAAGAGAAGAUUUUUUUUCAAAAACAAACCAACUAUGUAUUUAAAUGUGCUGCUGCUGUUAAACAACUCAAGUUAAAAAUGUACUGGCCAUUCCAAAUCAGCAGUUUUCUAAGUAAAAGGUUGUACAUACAGUUAUGUCAUUUUCGUCUAAGCUUGCUUUGUAUUAUAUACAAAAGCAGGCUGUGGGACCAGGACUGGAACUUUUGGACUGUCCUUAAAUAUUCCUAAUGAGACUUUCUGAAAUUAGGAAUGUAAAGGUCCUGGAUCAUUUGUUAGAACAAAGUCAUCUCCAUCACGGUGAAGAUUGGAACGUAUAACCACUAGCAAUCAAGCCACAGGCCUUAUAUUUUCUCAAUUGUACAUUGAACUGUUCUCAAGAAUAAUGGCUAAAGAAAAUAUAUUUUGUUGUAUUGCUAGUGUAAAAUAAAAUUCAUGACAACCAUAAAUAUAAAAGACAUUUUAAAGAAGAUUUUAAGACUUUGAAGAAACUAUUGUGUAAAAGUUGCACAUACGUUAUAAAAUGUUUAUUCUUACACUUCAUUCAUUGUAGUACGUUUGAACAAAAAAUGCUACAAAACUUUUUAAAAAAUCAACAAAAACAAGGUCAACCCAUAUUCACUUUUUUCCACUUGUAAACAGUGUUUUGCUUACAUACAAAUUUCAAAUUUUGUCCUUCAGAACAAGUCUGAAUUUCAUAUUGCCAAAAGAAUUUAUCUUAGUUUGGGGGGACAAUUCCCUCUGUUGAAGCCAAUAAAGCCAUGCCUUGCACAAAUUUGGUGUAAAUUAGAUUAUUCAAAUGUCUUUUUCUGUAAAAUACUUGACAGAACAAUGGGCACUAGGCACUUGAGACCAAUUUGUUUGGCAUCAAUUUUUAUCCUUUAAAUAAUUACAUUUCAGCUGAUUGGAUUUGGACAUUUAUUUAUUUAUGGAUUUCAAAAUCAACAAAAUGAUCUCGGAUGAUGUGUAAAUUCUUUCAGCACUGGUAUGCUUAUUUCAUUAUUUUGUGUAAACAUGUUAUUAAAGUGCCCAUCACUAAUAACUGAUGUAAAGUUCAACACUUGUUUGACAGUAAAUAAAUGUGAGAUUUUUUUUCAAA